UUACAGAGAAAGUGUAAACACACACAACACGUCGACUUUUAAUGACGUCGCACGCAACUACGGGCGGUCAGACUGUAAACGACGGUAAAUUCUGUCCGUUCUUUAUUUCAGACGUAGUGUUCGUGACAUCGUGUAAGUGUGAUCAGCUACAGCUAUGAACUGGAGCAAGGGAGGACCGAGUGGUAAACGAGGCUUUGGCUUUGGAGGGUUUUCUCUCUCCGGGGGUAAAAAAGAGGAGCCUCGGCUGAAAGAGCAGCCCCACGGCGCGUUUGGAAGCGUAGGAGCCGCAGGAGGUUACGGCAAAAACCAGCAGCUGCCUGCGUUCUACAAGAUCGGAACCAAACGCGCCAAUUUCGACGAGGAAAAUGCCUAUUUUGAGGAUGAUGAGGAGGAAUCGAGCACGGCGGAUCUGCCUUAUAUCCCGGCGGAGAACUCUCCCACCAGGCAGCAGAUGCAAUCUGGAGGAGGAAGUGGAGGAGGAGGAGGAGGUGGAGGAGGAUCAGACAGUGAUGACGACCCCCUCGAUGCCUUUAUGGCUGAGGUGGAGAACCAAGCAGCCAAGGACAUGAAGAAACUGGAGGAAAAGGAAAAAGAGAAAAAGCUGACCAAGGGUAUUCGAGAUGACAUUGAAGAGGAAGAUGAGCAAGAGGCUUAUUUCCGUUACAUGGCGGAGAACCCGACAGCCGGGCUGAUCCAGGAGGAAGAGGAGGAGAACGUGGACUAUGACAGCGACGGGAACCCCAUCCCUCCUACCACUAAAAAGAUCAUCUUGCCACUUCCUCCUAUUGAUCACUCUGAGAUCGACUACCCUCCUUUCGAGAAGAACUUCUACAAUGAGCAUGAAGAGCUCAACAGCUUGACUGGAGCACAAGUGGUGGAGCUGAGACACAAACUCAACCUGAGGGUGUCCGGCGCCGCUCCUCCUAAGCCCUGCACUAGUUUCGCUCAUUUUGGCUUUGACGAGCAGCUCAUGAACCAGAUCCGCAAGUCCGAGUACACUCAGCCUACGCCCAUCCAGUGCCAGGGUGUCCCCAUAGCCCUGAGCGGUAGAGACAUCAUCGGCAUCGCCAAAACGGGUAGCGGCAAGACGGCCGCCUUCAUCUGGCCGAUGCUGGUGCACAUCAUGGACCAGAAGGACCUGGAGCAGGGAGAGGGACCCAUCGCUGUGAUCGUCUGCCCCACCAGAGAGCUCUGUCAGCAGAUCCACGCAGAGUGUAAGCGCUUCGGGAAGGCCUACGGCCUGCGCUCGGUGGCUGUGUACGGAGGGGGCAGCAUGUGGGAACAGGCCAAGGCUCUACAGGAAGGGGCUGAGAUUGUUGUUUGCACUCCGGGUCGCCUGAUAGAUCAUGUGAAGAAGAAGGCGACAUCCCUGCAGAGAGUGACCUACCUGGUGUUUGAUGAGGCUGAUCGUAUGUUUGAUAUGGGCUUUGAGUAUCAGGUGAGAUCCAUCGCCAGCCACGUAAGACCAGACAGACAGACUCUGCUGUUCAGUGCAACGUUCAGGAAGAAGAUUGAGAAGUUGGCACGGGACAUUCUCGUUGACCCGAUCCGUGUAGUGCAGGGAGACAUUGGAGAGGCGAAUGAAGACGUGACCCAGCUGGUGGAGUUGUUGCCGAGUGGCUCGGAUAAGUGGCCGUGGCUGACACGGAGACUGGUGGAGUUCACCUCAACUGGCUCCGUGCUCAUUUUCGUGACUAAGAAGGCCAACUGUGAGGAGCUGGCCACCAACCUGCAGCAGGAGGGCUACAGCCUGGGCCUGCUACAUGGAGACAUGGACCAGAGCGAGAGGAACAAAGUCAUCAGUGACUUCAAGAAGAAGAGCUUGCCUGUCCUGGUGGCCACUGAUGUAGCAGCUCGUGGAUUGGACAUUCCUUCAAUCCGUACUGUCAUAAACUAUGAUAUUGCCCGAGACAUCGACACACACACGCAUCGCAUUGGCCGGACAGGUCGCGCUGGAGAGAAGGGCGUGGCCUAUACCCUGCUCACAAACAAAGACACCUCAUUCGCCGGUGACCUUGUUCGUAAUUUAGAGGGAGCGAAUCAGAGUGUCCCGAAGGGUCUGAUGGAUUUGGCCAUGCAGAAUCCCUGGUUCAGAAAGUCCCGUUUUAAGAGUGGAAAAGGAAAGAGGCUGAAUGUUGGAGGCGGGGGUCUCGGCUACAGGGAGAGACCGGGCCUAGGAUCCGAUUCCUCAGAGCGCAGUACUGGUUCUGCCCUUGGCAACUACGAGUCCUACAAACCCCCCACUGGAGCUAUGGGAGAUCGCAUGGCUGCCAUGAAGCAAGCCUUUCAGGCUCAGUACAAGAACCACUUUGUGGCAGCAUCAGGUAUCUCUCCCAAGCUCAGCGCCCAGUCGAACAGCACAUCAGGUUGGACAAGUGCAGGCAGUCUGAGUUCUGUGCCGUCUGGAGCCCCUGAAGGAAGCCGUACGCCCUCAUCUUCCUCCCCCAUGCCCCCUCCUCCUCCAGCCUUCAGUUUGGGUACUAAGCUGGCCGGUUUCAGCAGCGCCGUGUCAGACUCUUACUCCUCCUCCUCCUCCUCCUCUUCCUCUUCUUCCUCGUCCAGAGAGGAUUCCCGCCACGACAGGAGCCGCCAUGGAGACAGCCACCAUCGCCACAGCGACAGGGAUCGGUAUGGUGAUAGGGAUCGCCACGGGGAUCGUGACAGGGACCGAGAUCGUCACAGCGACAGCCGUAACGGCGAUGGUGGUCGCCGGGAGAGGGACAGUUGGAAGGGAGAAAGGGAGGGCGGGGAAAGGGCAAGCUCACACAGAGGAGGUGAGGACAGCUUUGCUGUUCCGGAUCCACCAAAACGGAAGAAGAGCAGGUGGGAUAGUUAGAGCUAAUCCCGCAGGAGACAUCGAAUGAGCAGCUCUGAGAUCAGCCAGCCUUCUCAGUAGAGUCCAUCUGUCUGCUGUUGCUCAAAUGUCAACACAUAAAGGGCACUGAAGACUUUGAGAGAGUUAAAUCUGCGUGUUCUCUUCAGUGGAAUCUGUCGCUCUUUCCGUCAGGCGGCUGAUCGUGUUGUUUUAAGCAGUGAAUGGGGAAGUGUGAAUUAUAGAGAAGCAGAUGUAGGACAGUCAUGCAGGCCUUUCUCUGUAAGUGUGUGUGUGUGUGUGUGUGUGUGUGUGUGUGUGUGUGUGUGUGUGUGUGUGUGUGUGAGAAUUCAUCUUUCUGGCGACAAAGUCAUAUUUUGGGGAGAGAUUAUUAGGACUUUUUUUUUUGUUAUUAUUAUUUUUUAGAAAUGACUUUGGUUCAUAGUGAUACUUUGUGAAUUAAAAAAAAGAAAAGAAGCAAUUUCAACAUUUUAUGAUUCAUAAAUGAGAAAUGAUUCAAAGACUUGCAGUCAUUGAUGUAAUGAUCCAAAGUAUCUGUGAGUGAUCUAUUUUAUAGGUUUAUGUCUUUGUUCUGUAUUUUAGUACAUACAGUUACAAGCUUCCACAGAUUUGUGCCAUUACAUAAUCCACUUCUAUCCGGUCUGUGAUGUGUUUGGUUUUUUUGUUUUGUUUUGUUUUUUUAUGUACUAGGUUAUGUACUAAGUUACCUUCAAACCCAUGGCUUCAGUUUGGUACCUGGCACUAAAAAGAGCGAAGGUAUUGAGUCCUACGCUGCCAAUGACUGCAUUUAAAUAAAAAAAAAAAUAGUUUGGUAGAGGCCUGGAAUAAAUAAAUAAAUAAAUAAUAAAUGUACUGUGUAUUAAUUUUUUUUCCAGUCUACUAGAUUCUGAAGGCUUACCUAAGAGCACUAAACUAUUUUCAUGUAUUUCAUCCAUUUUGUGAUCCUGUUGCAGUUACACAAGUCAUACAAUAUCAACCUGGCUUAAAUAAACAUGAUAAGACCUUGUUGAAUAA